AUGGCGGAGGCGGUAGGGAUAGGGGUUAGCUAUAAGUGCGGUAAUGUGGGUAGGCUUGUUCUUAGAGAGAAUGGGGUUAAAGGGGUCAAGAUGAAGGAUGGGAGCGUAUAUAAGGUGGAUACGGUGCUGUUAGCAACGGGUGCAUGGACCAGCGAGAUACUGUCCGCCAUGGAGGAUGGGCUAAAUGUAAAGGAGGAAGAGAGGGUCGAGCGACAGAUCACCGCUGCGGGGUUCCACCGGACCGCAAUCAGAAUGGUGCCGGAAAAGCUGCAACAGGAGACCCUGGAUGCUAUCGUCGCAAAGCUGUUUCUAAACUAUGUCCAACGAACGCCGGAAUACUGGCGCAUGUGUUGGGAUUCCGUCAUGCCUGCGCAAGACCAACUCGUCACGAAAUAUCCUUACUCGCGGCUGCAAAACCUGUAUCUCGCCGUUGGAGGGAGCUUUCAAAGCUGGAAGUUUCUCCCCAUAAUAGGAGAGUAUGUGGUUAACGUCUUGAACGGUGUCGGCAAUGGUGAAGAGAAGGAUAGAAGGUGGGCUUGGAAGGUAGAGAAGCCCGAAGGCUGGGGUGCACAUGAGAAGGUGGUUCUGAGGAGGGAUUUGAGUGACCUGGAAUAA